GCAUUUCGCUUUCGAAAUUUUUCGACAAAAAAUAAAAAAAACAUGGCUGGAUGUUUCAUCACCACGUGUAUUAAAAAAAACAUGUGUUAAUUCAUUUAAUUGGUUAAUUAAAUUAAUAUAAAUUAUCUACAAAUAGCCAAAACAAUUGUUAAAAAAAAACAAACAAAAUGGAAAGUGAUAAAGUUGUUUCGUUUGAAGAUCUAGGAAUAAAUCAAACACUUGUUCGACAAUGUGCAAAAAUAGGUAUAACAAAACCAACGUCAAUUCAAAUUAAUUGUAUACCUGAAAUAUUAGCUGGUAAAGAUUGCAUAGCAUCAGCUAAAACUGGAAGUGGAAAAACCCUAGCAUUUGCUUUGCCAAUAUUACAAAAGUUUGAUGAAAAUCCAUAUGGUAUUUUUGCUCUGAUAUUGACACCAACACGUGAAUUAGCAAUACAGAUUAAACAACAAUUUGAUAUACUUGGUAAAGAAAUGGUACUAAAAACAUGCCUGGUAAUUGGUGGUAUGGAUAUGAUGUAUCAAAGUAUAGAACUUGAUAAAUGUCCACAUAUUGUCAUAGCAACACCAGGAAGACUUGCUGAUCGUCUUGAAUCUGGUCCUGAUACAUUUACCCUAAUGAGAAUUAAGUUUUGGGUUGUUGAUGAAGCUGAUAGACUACUUGGUGGUGAUUACAAUGAACAAAUGAAAACAAUUGCAAAUUAUUUACCUAAAAAAAGACAGAGUUUAUUUUUUAGUGCAACAAUGACAGAUAUAUUAAAAAUUUUAAAAACACAAACUAAAAAUGAAGCAUUUGAAUAUGAAGAUAAAGAUGAUACAAGUCUUGCAACAGUUAAACAACUUGACCAGUAUUGUGUUUUGAUACCACCUGGUGAAGUUAGAGAUGGAUACUUGGUACAAGUUAUACGUAAUUUUAGAAAUAAAAAUACUACUGGAUCUAUUGUUAUAUUUACAGACACCUGCCACAAUUGUCAGUUGAUAUCAAUGACACUCAAUGAAAUUGGAUUUGAUAAUGUAGCACUACAUGGAAUGAAAAAACAACGUGAACGUGCAGCUGCUCUGACGUCAUUCAAAUCAAAUAUUGUUAAAAUUCUAGUUGCAACUGGUGUUGCAGCAAGAGGUCUUGAUAUUCAAGCUGUUGCUCUUGUUGUUAAUCAUGUUAUUCCAAAUGUACCUAAAGAAUAUAUUCAUAGAGUUGGUAGAACAGCACGUGCUGGUCGUUCUGGUCAAGCAAUUAGUUUAGUUGCACCUGAUGAAGUUAAUCUUGUUGGUGCUAUUGAACAAAUAGUUGGAAAAAAACUUGAAAAAAUGGAAGUUAAUGAUAAAGAAGUAUUGAAAAUAUUUAAACAAGUAUCUUUAGAAAAAAGAAAAGCUAAAAUUGAACUUGAAGAGUCAAACUUUGGUGAACAAAAAUUAAAAUAUAAAAGAAAAAAAUUACUUGAAGAGGGAAAAAGUUUAGAAGAAAUUGAGGAAAUUCUUGGAUCUAAAAAAAGAAGAAAAAAGGAAAAAAAUGACGAUAAUUUAGACAAAGAAAUAUUCCAAUGCAAAUUAUCGAAAUAA